UCUGGGCUUGUGAGGUAUCUCUGAGUCCUGUUUCCUUCUAGCUGCCUGACUUUGAUCCAUUCAGGUGGUUGUCAGUGUUCCCACACACGCUCCUCGGUAGCUGUCGCAGGACAGGGGAACAGGAUAGUGCUUGGAGUCAAGAAGAGCCUGCACGUUCUCUGCCUGAAACUUUUCAUCCCUGCUCAGCUUUGUCCGUGCGUGCGCGCGUGCGUGCGUGUGAAAAGGGAUAUCAAGGCUGUCAGAGAAGGAGGGUGGGGAGGGGAGAUUCUGGGAGAGAGAAAGGAAUAAAGGAGAGAAGAGGAAAUGGAAAGAGAGAGGGAGAGGCGGUGAGAGAGGAAGGGACGGCAGGUUUAUAGCUGCUCAGAUCGCAGACAGAAAUAGCACACAACCUCCGUGCCUGCACGCGGCUCAGAAACCAGGACCUGGCUGUGUUCACCUGCGUUAACCUGUUUCCCGGCAAGAAGGAAAUGCCAUCUGGUCCUGUCUUCUUCUACAUCUUGAUUUUGGGGAAAUACUUCGCUCCCACGAGUGGGCAGGAUGCCCCGUGCGCCCUGGGCUACUUCCCCUGCGGGAACACCACCAAGUGCUUGCCUCAGCUUCUGCACUGCAACGGCGUGGACGACUGCGGGAACCGGGCGGACGAGGACAACUGCGGAGACAACAAUGGAUGGUCUGAGCAACUUGACAAAUAUUUUGCCAAUUACUACAAAAUUAUUACGACAUCUCCGUACCCAUUUGAGGCAAGAACAUCUGAAUGCCUGGUCGGUUCUGUGCCCGGGCAAUGUCUUUGCCGAGGUUUAGAGCUUAACUGUGAUGAGACCAAUUUACGAGCUGUUCCAUCAGUUUCUUCAAAUGUGACUUUGAUGUCGCUUCAGUGGAACUUAAUAAGAAAGCUUCCUCGUGAUGGCUUCAAGAAGUACCAUGAUCUUCAGCAACUGUGUCUGCAAAACAAUAAGAUUAGAUCCAUAUCCAUCCAUGCUUUCAGAGGACUGUCCAGUCUCACCAAGCUGUAUCUCAGUCAUAACAGGAUAACCUUCUUGAAGCCAGGUGUUUUUGAAGAUCUCCAUAGACUAGAAUGGCUGAUAAUCGAAGAUAAUGCCCUCAAUCGAAUUUCCCCACUAACGUUUUAUGGACUAAAUUCUCUUAUUCUCCUAGCAUUGAUGAAUAACGUCCUUACCCGCCUGCCCAACAAGCCCCUUUGCCAGCACAUGCCGAGACUGCACUGGCUGGACUUUGAAGGCAACCAUAUCCAUAAUUUAAGAAAUUUGACUUUUAUUUCCUGCAGUAACUUAACUGUUUUGGUAAUGACGAAGAACAAAAUUAAUUACCUAAAUGAAAACACGCUUGCACCUCUCCAGAAACUACAUGAAUUGGAUUUAGGAAGUAAUAAGAUUGAAAAUCUUUCACCACAUGUGUUUAAGGAUCUGAAGGAGCUCUCACAAUUGAAUCUCUCCUAUAACCCAAUCCAGAAAAUUCAAGCAAACCAAUUUGAUUAUCUUGUCAAACUCAAGUCUCUCAGCCUGGAAGGAAUUGAAAUUUCCAAUAUCCAACACAGGAUGUUCAGACCUCUCGCGAAUCUCUCUCACAUCUAUUUUAAGAAAUUCCAGUACUGUGGCUACACCCCACAUGUCCGCAGCUGCAAACCGAACACUGAUGGCAUCUCAUCUUUAGAGAAUCUCCUGGCGAGCAUCAUUCAGAGGGUGUUUGUCUGGGUUGUGUCUGCAGUCACAUGCUUUGGAAACAUCUUUGUUAUUUGUACGCGACCUUACAUCAGAUCUGAGAACAGACUGCAUGCCAUGUCCAUCAUUUCUCUCUGCUGUGCCGACUGCCUGAUGGGCAUCUACCUAUUCUCGAUCGGAGCCUUUGACCUGAAGUUCCGAGGCGAGUACAACAAGCACGCGCAGCUGUGGACGGAGAGCCCGCACUGCCAGCUGCUGGGCUCCGUGGCCAUCCUGUCCACGGAAGUGUCGGUGCUGCUCCUGACGUUCCUGACGCUGGAGAAGUACAUCUGCAUUGUGUACCCUUUUCGAUGUCUGAGACCCGGAAAGUGCAGAACCAUCACCGUUCUGAUUCUCAUCUGGAUUGUUGGCUUCAUCGUGGCUUUCGUCCCACUGAGCAAUAAGGAAUUUUUCAAAAACUACUACGGCACCAACGGAGUAUGUUUCCCUCUUCAUUCAGAAGAUACAGAAAGUAUUGGAGCCCAGAUUUAUUCCGUGGCAAUUUUUCUUGGUAUUAAUUUGGCAGCGUUUAUCAUCAUAGUUUUUUCCUAUGGAAGCAUGUUUUACAGCGUUCAUCAAAGCGCCCUAACAGCCACUGAAGUUCGGAAUCAAGUUAGAAAAGAGAUGAUCUUAGCCAAACGGUUUUUCUUUAUUGUAUUUACUGAUGCCUUAUGUUGGAUGCCCAUCUUUGUACUGAAAUUUCUUUCAUUGCUUCAGGUAGAAAUACCAGGUACCAUAACCUCUUGGGUGGUGAUUUUUAUUCUGCCUAUCAACAGUGCUUUGAACCCAAUUCUCUAUACUCUGACCACAAGACCAUUCAAAGAAAUGAUCCAUCAGUUUUGGUACAACUAUAGACAAAGAAGAUCUCUUGACAGCAAAGGAAGUCAGAAAACAUAUACUCCAUCGUUCAUCUGGGUAGAGAUGUGGCCCCUGCAGGAGGUGCCCUCUGAGUUAAUGAAGCCAGCUCUCUUCACAGACCCCUGUGAAUUGUCACUAAUCUCUCAAUCAACUAGACUCAAUUCUUAUUCAUAACUGACUCCGAAACCCAUUUCUACAGAGAACACUGUGGGAUACUUCAUGAUGGAUUUAUUAGUAUAAAAUAAAUGACACAAAAUAAUUUAUAAUAAUGGCUAAAGUAAAUUAGCUUAC